AUGGAUCCGGAUAACAUCACAGGGUCACAUGCGGGUGAUCAUAAAUUGGGAGCUCUAUAUUAUACUAUAGCAUGUCUACCGCAAGAGUACAUGUCGAAGCUUGAAAAUAUUUUUUUAGCAUGUUUGUUUUUGUCUGAUGCUAAGAUUCAUGGAAAUAAAAACUUAUUUCAACCAGUAAUUCAAGAUCUGAUUGAUCUAGAGAAAAAUGGAUUAAUCGUAACCCACAAUGGAAAAAAAGAACACAUUUAUUUCACCUUGUGUUUAUUGCUUGGGGAUAAUUUAGGUAUACAUUCCAUUUGUGGGCUAUCCGAAGGAUUUAAUGCAAAUUACCCUUGUCGAAUGUGUAAGCUACACAGAAAUGAAAUGACCACUACAACUGUUUCCGAUGAUAAAAAAUUACGAACAGUACAAAAUUACUCUGAUGAUGUUAACAUACAGAACUUGGCAAUGACUGGUAUUAAAGAACAAUGUGUAUGGGAUACGAUUCCUAGUUUUUCGUUUAUAUUAAGCAUUUGCUUUGACAUUAUGCAUGAACUGUUGGAAGGAGUAUGUUCGUAUGAUUUAGCUCUUAUAAUAUAUAAUUUAGUUUAUGUUAAAAAAUACUUGUCCCUUGAAACUUUGAAUAGCCGAAUAUUUUAUUUUGAUUAUGGUCCGACAGAAUCGGGUAAUACUGUGCCACGUAUAAAUAAAGAGCACUUGCUUAGUGUAAAAUUAAGGUUCUCUUCCACUGAAAUGUUGUGUUUCGUCAGAUAUUUUGGACUAAUGAUUGGCGAUUUAAUUCCCAAAGAAGAUGAUUGUUGGCUUCUUUAUGUAAAACUUAAAACAAUCGUGGAUAUUACCACAGCUCCUUAUGUUAAUAUUAGAUCAUUAAAAUACUUGGCUACUUUGAUAUCAGAACAUCAUGAAAUGUAUCUAAGUGCUUUCCCCCACAUGACUCUAAAGCCUAAGCAUCAUUAUAUGCUACAUUAUCCUCAGGUCAUGCGUAAUGUUGGUCCGCUAUGGUUCGUAUGUUGUCUUCGUUGGGAAGCGAAACACAUGCCUUUUAAACAAGCAGCUCGUGCUACUAAUUCACGCAGAAAUUUGCCCUUAACCCUUGCUAUUAAGCAUCAGCUGAAUAUAUGUGCUCGAUUUUUAUCGAAACAACCUCUUGGUGAUAAAUUUUCUUUUGGAGUUAGUGAAGAAGUUAAU